UUGUUAAUCUCUUUGAAGUUCUACGUAACGAUCAUCAUCGGUAUCUACUGGGCUUUCUUAUCAACGGUCAAUAUUGUCGAAAACCGUCCAAAUGCCUCGAUAAAAACCACUAUUUUUCUCUGGAACCUUGCCCUGUUCUAUGCCAUUCAGAUCUACUACUUCAUUGCGAGUGCAUCACUAUUAAGCAGAAGAGUAAUUUUUCAUUCUUUAAUCAACGUUAAUAAUAUAAUAACUUAAGUUCUACUUUGCAGGCAGACAAGACUGGAGCGAUUCUAGAUGAUUUUUCCACAGACUUUACCGCAAGCUCGUAUGAGUUAAGGAUUAAAACCAUGAGCUUGGAACUUCUUCACCGCAGCAAUAAACUGGAAAACUUUGGAUUUUACACUAUCGAAUAUGCUCUCAUGUUUUCAGCUAACAAGACUGGCGCCAUUUUGGAUGAUUUUACUGCUGACUUCACCGAAAGUUCGUAUGAACUAAAAGUUGAAACCAUGAGCUUGGAAUUACUUCACAGGAGUAAUGAAGUGGAAAACUACGGUUUCUACACAUUUGAAUAUUCGUUACUGAUAACGAUUGGUGCAUCGAUUAUGAACAAUUUAAUAACAGCUAUUCAGUUUGAGGCUAUGAACUACUGGUGAUGAGCAGCUUGCUCAACAUUGACCUCAGAGUCUGUAUCGGCAAGAAAUAAAUCACGGUCAAAAAUCAAAGAACUUCACUUCACUUUGAAUUGGACCAUUAAUUAAUACUUUAUUUGAAGGAAAACUUUAGACCACAAACUUUAUUACUAUUCACUUUUAAUUGAGCGUUGCUAGGUGACCGGUUUGUUUGACAGUUGGUAGAGAAGAGAAAAAGAAUCGAAAAAUGCUCUACCAUUGUAGGCGGGAAAACUGAUUUUUCAUGACAGGAGAUAAAAUUACUUUAGAAGAAACGGAUUCUAAACUUAACUCUAAAAUGUUGUACACUUAUUCAAAAUGUCCGUUACAAAGACCUUAAGGAUAUGUUAACAGUUUUCAUAUAUUUUAUUUAAAAGAAAUCAGCUUACAUUCACAGAAAUUCCCCUUCAGACUAACACUCGUUUUCUUUAAAUUAAAAAAAAAUGUCUACCCUCAUGUCGUUGGUAGAAGAUAUGAAAAUGAACAUUUGUUUCCUACACCAUCAACAACGUCUUUUCGAUGUCAAUUAUUUAAUUUAUUCACCCAAUCGCUACUCCAAAAUCUUUAUGAUUUUUUACAUAAUUUCUCUUAAUGUACCAGAUAAAGCUUAAACUUGAAAAAUACCAUACAACGGAAAUGUUAACAACGUCUACGUCAGAAUCAGAAAUGGAAAAUAAAAAAGGAAAAAAUAACCGUAGUGAAAACAUCAUAAAGGAAAAAAUAGAAAAAUAGAAAGAAUAAAACGAAUAAAACGAAUCUUCACUGUAAUUUAGAAAAAAAAUAAAUUGGUUAAGUUGAGGUAUACAAAUAGAGGACAUAAAUUUUAAAUGAAGACAGGCGAAAAACGUUAAUUAGAACUGUUGAAUGUCCAUAGAGUAAAAAACUCGAAAAGUCACAAAGUUGAAUCACAGUAGGAUUGUUCGAUCUUCUGAAAAAGAUCGAUUCAGCUGGUUGGUCUAGGAUCAAUCCACCUAAAAAAUCGAAGCAAAAGAGAUGUAAUAAGUCAAAUGUGAUUAAAAAAUGAACGCUGUAGUUUUCUAGUAAAAUUUUUUAUUGUAGUCUCAAAAGUCUUCUUCCGAGUGUCGGCUAUGAAACUAGAAAAUUUCAAUAAGAAGUUAAAUCUUGAGCAGAGUUAAAUGUUAUGGAAGGUAUUAAUGUUUAAUUCAAGGAUGAGCUAGCUUUCAAGUGACCUUUUAUGGAAAUUUCGAUUUAUUAAGCAUUUAAAAAAACUGGGUUUCCUCAAGAGUAAAGAUAGAGAUAAAAAUGCUAUCUAAGGACUGUAUUCAUGAAAACUCUCAGAAAGUCUUAUUGAGAGACCCCAAAACAGCUGGAAAUCAACUGUGCGAUUAAAAUUCAUGUGGUAAAUCGUUCUAAAAGUCCUAGAGAAUCUUACAGUGAGCUAAAGUUUGAAUUAAAAGUAAGAAUGAUUGAUUCCAUAAAGGUAUGGGAAGUGAGAGAUUUACCAGAACGCCAUACGAAACUUUCAAUUGAAGAAGUGGUAAAAAUGGUCAAAUUUUCUAUCUGAUUC